CUGGAGACCAUCCUGAACCUCUGUGCUGAGUACAACAAAGGGGAGGGCACGGGGCUGGACCCGCUGGGCUCCGGGAGGACGGGCUUCCCGGGGGGCUUCGUGGACGGCCCCGGACGGAGGCCCUCGGCGGAAAACGUCCUCGGCGGGGCGCCGUCCUCCGCCGCGCUCCGGCUGGCCCAGCGGCAGAGGGAGAGCGACGAGGAGAACCUGAAGGAGGAGUGCAGCAGCACGGAGAGCACCCAUCAGGAGGUGAGGACGUCCGCCCCCCGCGCGGCCCCGCCACUGCACAAUGGAGAGCCACAGCACGAGGACUCGUCCAGCUCAGGCAGCGCAGGCCGCUCAGAGCUGGCUUACCUGGAGGACGAGAGGGUCCGCGUUCUGGCUCGGAUCGACGAGCUCAAAAACAGGCUGACCGAGCUGGAGCAGCAGCUCCAAGAGUCCAAACAAGAGGCGGAGAUGGAGCGCGCCCUGCUGCAGGGCGAGAGACAGGCGGAGCUCGACCAGAUCGAGGCCGAGAAGGACAUCAUCGCUCAGCUGCAGCGCAAGCUGGACGAGCUGGAAAGCGCCAUCCAGCGGGAGAAAGACAAGGAAAGCGCUAACGUUGAGGCUGAGCGACAGGCCCUGCAGAGACUCCAGGAGGGCUACGCUGAGCUGAAGAACCAGCUUCACAACUGUCCCGAGUCCCUGCGGGAACAGCUGCAGGAACAGCUCAAAAGGGAGGGAGAGGUGCUGGAAGCUGGGACUAAGAAGUUCGAGGACCUGGAGUUUCAGCAGCUGGAGAGAGAGAGCAGCCUGGAAGAGGAACGAGAGACCAUGAGCCAGCAACUGCUCCUGGAGAGGGCCGAGUACCACAGCAGCGUGGCCAAAAGGAAGGAGAAGGUCUCUGCUCUGGAGAAACAGUCCAGCCAGCUGGGUAUGCAGACAUCUCAAGAGUGCGAGCGGCUGUCCAAAGACAGGUUGCUCACGCUGCAAAUGCUCCAAAAGGAGAAGGAGCGACUGUCGGCCCUGGAGAAGCGAUACCAAACCCUGACCGGAGGAAAGGCCUUCCCCAAGUCUUCCACUGCAAUGAGGGAGGAAUCGCUCCAGAUCAGCGAGGCUGACCUGUUACUGGAGGACGCCCGCUCCUCCAAGUACUCCCUCUCUGCAUCCUCCCCCUACUACGUACACCCCCCCCCUCCCGGUCAGUUGUACCCCGGCAGUCCCACGGAGAUGAAGGUGUUCACUUUUGGGGACGUCUGUCUUUCCGAAAGUCACCCGGAGGCCGCAGUUGUCACAUCACGCGCCGGUGUGCAAAGCUCGGUGCGCGGCGGACUGGAGCAGAAAGAGUCAACGUGUGUGUGCGUGUAUGUUAUGUGUGCGUGUGCGCGUUCUGCGCCCCGAGGCUGGGGAGGCGCCCCCCUCCGCUGUUUUCUCAUGGCUUCUCGUCCUGUCUGGCUGGCCUCGGCCCAUUCUCAGGAAGACCCCAGGCUGCCGGACGCCUAUAAGACGCGUGGUGACCGGCGCGAAAGCGGCGACUGGCACGGCCGCUCGUUCGCCGUCGAUCCUGCGUUAGCCGGCGAGCACCAGAAUGAGGCCAGCAAGCCUUAUCUCGCCAAGAUAGAUUUAGAGCAGUGGUACCAGGAGCUGAUGGUUGGGUCCAGCCAGCUCUAUGCCCCCCCCCCUGCCAGCCAAGUCUUCCGCUCUAAGCUGGACAGCGAUCCAGGCCUGUCGCACCACCAGUCUAAGUCCGGCCCCGGAUCUCCUCUGCAGCACGGAGCAGCAACACUGGGACGCAACUCAAGCUCAAAGCAGAGCCCCCUGCUGGCAGUCGGCAGCACCGGCAGCCUGCCCAGGAACCUGGCCGCAACGCUCCAAGACAUCGAGACGAAGAGACAGCUGGCUCUGCAGCAGAAAGGUAACCGGGCUGUUCCCACGCCUCGCGGCUCCAGUCAGCAGGUGAUCGAGGAGCAGCGCCGGCGUCUGGCGGAGCUCAAGCAGCGGGCGGCGGCCGAGGCCCAGUGCCAGUGGGAGGCGCUCCACGGCUCCCAGCCCCUCCUCCUGACCUCCUCCUCCCCGUCGCUCUCCUACUCACCCGUCAUGGCCUACGGCCCCAUGCUGGGCCACGGGGGCUUCGGGGGCGGCCCCCCGCUGGUCCACCACUCCAUCCUGCACCACCAGCCGCCGUCGGCCGGAGAGCAGCCCUACGACACGCUCAGCCUGGAGAGCUCGGACAGCAUGGACACCAGCGUGUCCACCGGGAACAACUCCGCCUGCUCGCCGGACAACAUGUCCAGUGGGGGAGCCGUGGACGCGCUGAAGAUUGAGGAGAUGGAGAAAAUGCUGAAGGAGGCACAACUGGAGAAAGCCAGACUUAUUGAAUCGCGGGAACGAGAGAGCCUAGCUCGCCGUCAGAUGCUGGAGGAGGAGAGGAGGAGGAGGGAGGAUGCAGAGAAAAGACUGCAGGAUGAAACGUUCCACCGGCAGCAGCUUGUGGAGAAAGAGGUCAAGAUGAGGGCCAAGAACUUCUCUCAGGCCCGUCCCAUGACUCGCUAUCUGCCAAUCAGGAAAGAGGAGUUCGACCUGCGCUUGCACGUGGAGUCGUCGGGCCACAACGUAGAGACGUGCUAUCACGUGAUCCUCACAGAGAAGAUGUGCAAAGGCUACCUGGUGAAGAUGGGAGGCAAGAUCAAGUCCUGGAAGAAACGCUGGUUUGUGUUCGACCGCCUCAAGCGAACAUUCUCCUACUAUGUUGGGAGCCUCAUUGAGAUGCGGCGCCGGGCCUCGUCUCCUGACCUUGAACCGGACAAACACGAGACCAAGCUGAAGGGAGUGAUCUACUUCCAGGCAAUAGAAGAGGUCUAUUACGAUCACCUCCGCAGUGCCACAAAGAGCCCGAACCCCUCGCUGACCUUCUGCGUGAAGACCCACGACCGCCUUUACUACAUGGUGGCGCCCGCCCCCGAGGCCAUGAGGAUCUGGAUGGACGUGAUCGUCACGGGGGCGGAGGGAUACACGCAGUUCAUGAACUGA